CGACAGCUUCGACCUCCUCAGCACAUACCUGCAGCCUUGGUCUCCUUGUGCCAGCAUAUCCCUCGAGCUCAAUCAUGAGUAGCUUCUUUGGCAGAGGAGGUGGCAGCAAUCCGCCGCCACCGCCAUCUGGAUCUCCGUACUCUCGAGUGCCCGAUUCCUCGCAGUAUUCUCUACCUUCUGGACCAAGGGGGGGCGCGCGGCCACCUGCGCGAUACGACGAAUCUGCGUAUGAGAAGCGCUCGUACGAUCGCGGUGGAGGGAUGCCGGCGCCCUCUGCAUACCCGCUGAACGGCGCAAGCUAUGGCAUCGUAGCCUCUCCGAACGAUCAGCUGGCACUGAGCAAUCGCCUGGUUGUUAACUCUUCCGACUUUCCCGCGAACCAGCACGUUCUGGUGAAGCAACAGUUUCCCUUGACCACCAUACACGACAACACCGGUAAGGUCCUGCCAGGAACGAUAGCAUGCUCAGCAACGCAACGCCAAUGGAUCGGCCUCUCGCUCGCGGGAGACUCCGCUUCCGUACAACCGCUGAGCAAUCCGCCUUAUCUUGAAUCUAUCGACAUCGAGGUUGGCUUCCUACGGCGGAACCAAGACAUCGCAGAACAAUUCUCCGCCGACGAAAUCGGGAAGAUUUUCGUCAGGGCGUUCAACAAUAUGAUUUUCGGUUUACAAGAAGUCAUCGUCUUCGAGUUCCAUGGUCUAAACCUGAAGGCGACCGUCAAGGGGCUGAGACCCUUAGACCUGUCCGCCAACCAACGUAGAGGCGGAGGGGGAAGUCCGCCCGACCUGGGCGUGCUUAUGGAGAAGACGGAGGUCACAAUCAUGAAGGCACCUGAUAGUUCCAUCAAGUUGAAGGCGAGUGCCACGAAGGCGCGAACGAAUGCCAUAAUUGCCCCCAACUUCAAGUUCGAAGACAUGGGCAUCGGUGGUCUCGAUGCAGAAUUUGGGCAGAUCUUCCGUCGCGCAUUCGCAUCACGCGUAUUCCCUCCGGGUCUUGUGGAGAAGCUUGGUAUACAACAUGUGAAAGGUAUCUUGUUGUACGGACCUCCUGGAACUGGAAAGACUCUGAUCGCUCGGCAAAUUGGUAAGAUGCUGAACGCGAAGGAGCCUAAGGUUGUCAACGGUCCCGAGAUUCUCAAUAAAUACGUUGGUGCAUCCGAAGAAAACAUCCGCAAACUUUUCGCCGAUGCCGAAAAGGAGUAUAAAGCGAAGGGUGACGAGAGCGAACUGCACAUCAUCAUCUUCGAUGAACUCGACGCUAUUUGCAAGCAACGAGGCUCUACCAACAAUGGAACUGGUGUCGGCGAUAGCAUCGUCAACCAGCUGCUCUCCAAGAUGGACGGUGUUGACCAGCUGAACAACAUCCUGAUCAUCGGCAUGACCAACCGUCUCGACAUGAUCGACGAGGCGCUCACUCGUCCAGGCCGUUUGGAGGUGCAUAUGGAAAUUUCUCUCCCGGAUGAGCACGGUCGCCUACAGAUUCUGAAUAUCCACACCGCCAAAAUGCGCCAGAACGGUGUCAUGGACUCCGAUGUCAAUCUGGCUGAGCUGGCCGCCAAUACAAAGAACUUCUCUGGUGCGGAAAUCAGCGGUCUUGUCAAGAGCGCGACGAGUUUCGCAUUUAAUCGUCAUGUGAAGGUUGGAACCAUGGCUGGCAUAUCGAACGAUGUCGAAAACCUGCGAGUGAAACGCGCCGACUUCAUCGCUGCCUUGGAUGAGGUCCACCCGGCCUUCGGUGUUUCAGAAGAGGAGCUCCAACAGGUUGUCCAGAACGGUAUAAUACAUUACGACAGCGUCAUAGACGACAUUCUACGCACCGGUGAAUUGUUUGUAGACCAAGUGCGAACCUCUGAGCGUACGCCUCUUGUCAGUGUCUUGUUGCACGGGCCUCCUGGCUCGGGCAAGUCGGCGCUGGCCGCGACGAUUGCGCAGGCGUCACAGUUCCCGUUCAUCAAGCUAUGCUCUCCGGACAACAUGGUCGGCUUCUCGGAAAGCCAGAAAGUGGCCGCCAUCAGCAAGAUUUUCGCAGACAGUUACAAGAGUCCUCUCAGUGUCAUCGUCGUCGACAGCAUAGAGCGGUUGCUUGAAUGGACACCAAUUGGUCCGCGGUUCUCCAAUGCGGUUCUCCAAGCCCUUAUGGUGCUCUUCGCCCGUCGCCCACCCAAAGGCCGCCGCCUUCUCAUCCUCGCCACUACCUCCCUUCGACCCGUUCUCACCGAGCUCGGCCUCUCCGAAACCUUUGACUCGGAGCUGCGCAUUCCUCCGGUUAAGACGCUUCGUAACCUGGAAAUCAUUCUCAAGGAGCUGCAACUCUUCCCCAACAGCGAAGACAGGAAGCGAGCUAUGGGCAUGAUCCAGCAAGCUGGCCUUGGAGCGAACGAGGAUACGGGUCUAAACAUCGGCAUCAAGAAGCUGCUGAGCAUGAUCGAAAUGGCAAGGCAAGAGCCCGAGGCUGUUGCGGAGCGCCUCACCACAGCGCUGAUGGGCCUUGGCAUGUGAAGAGCGAUUUCUCGGUUGUAGAGUCUGCACAAUUAUUUGAGAUGGCAUUGUAACAACGGACAGGAAUACAGUACUGCGGAAUGUAUCAGAACGAUUGAAGAGCAUAUAAGCGGAAGGACAAAAAGCUUCACAGAACAAAAUCAAACUGCGAACUAGGUCAUGACACGUCAACAUGAGGGUGGGUAUGCGUAAUUGAGGGUUUGAAAGAUGCGUUGCGCUAAAGUACGUAUGCCAAGAUGCAUUGCUGAUCAACGGAAGCGAGACCACGAAAACAAAUAGGAAUCAGUAAUAAACGGUGCCCUGCGGUGGCAUCGGCACGUGGUGCUCCGAACCUGGAGGCGGCUGGUGAUAAAUGUCGUACUGCGGGUAGGGUUGCAUGGCCGGGUCCAUGUAGUACCCGUACUGGUCAGGGUAAUAGUACUGGGGGCCUGGUUGUGGUUGAUAGGGAUUGUAUGGCAUCAUCGUCGGGUCCAUCAUGUGCUGCUGCUGCGGGUGCUGCUCCCGCGAAUCCGCGGACGUAGAAUCGGGUGCCGACAAGCCUUGCUGCCCCUCGGCGGCGACGGCGGUCCUGAGCGGCGAUGGGCGUGGCGCCGAACUGGAGGCGAACCCAUCGUGACCCCCCGCAGAGGGUGCUCGUAUCUCUACCCUACUGCUUUGCCUUGCCGGCGUGAAGAUGGGCGUGCCGGUGUUCGGAUCUAGGAACCCGCUUAUCGAACCCGGUCUCGAGUGGUUCGCCCUCAUCGCGAAGUCAGGGGUGGACACGGACGAGUGGUGAUGCAUGUGCCCGGGAACGAACGGCGCCGCGUAUGGACGAGGAGAGAACAUCGGCGGAGCUGACGGUCCUUGCGGGUGAGGCGGCGGAGUAGGUUGCAGGAUGACAGGACGACCCGUGGAGACCUCAUAGGGUACACCGUUCUGCGCCACUGCGACACCCGGCGGAAGCUGCGGAUAGCCGUAAGGGGAGCCAUACGAUGGCGUCGGCUCGGCAAUGUGAGCGGGCGGGGCAGAGGCAGGUGCGAAGACGGGGAUAGUGAGUGGCUGAAGUCUAGGCGGCUGCACAGGCUGUGGCGCUUCGGAAGGAGCAGUCGGGUUUGGUUGAGCUUCUUGAGGAGAUGAUGCCUGCUGCGGGAUAUCGGCAGGGGCAGUACUUGUGGCACCGUCAACGACAGGGCCGGGCAGCUCAGCAGAAGCUGCGCUGACCGAAGUCUCCUCAACAACAGUCUGCUUCGGAGCAGUAGGUGGCGACAGCGGAGAGUGAUCUGACUUAGGAGUCGGAAGGACCGUGGUUGGAGGCUCUGGUUGCGUGAUUUCCGAAACCUUCAACGCCUCCUCCUUGCUGGCCUCAAGCUGUGGAAGCCGUACAACAACGAUGACAUCGGAAUACUCCGAUCCUGCCUUGUCCGCAGCUUUGGAUGUCGACGUGACCUGGCGCUCCUGCCGUUCUCCACCCCAGAACCUCGGAGUCGGAGGGGAUCGUACGACGUACCCAUCACCUCCUGGCAACCUGAUCUUGAAUCCUUGGCCGACCCCUGGACGAGGUUUCAUCGAUAUAUCAUAGUAGAGAUAGCCCUCGUGCUGUUUCGUCCAGACGCGCUCGGGCUUUUGCGUGUACCAGAUUCUGUCUGCAUGACCAUUAGCGACGAUCGGGGACGCCCCGCGACCACGGUUGGCGAAACCUCCGCGCGUGGGUGCAGGCACAAAGCCGGAACCGCGUCCACCAAACCACCCCCUGCCACCACGAGAUGGAAGGUUAGGUCCGCCUCGUUGAGUUUGAACCACUUCCCGCCGCUCCCUCUGCUCCAGCGCCUGCCUCCGCCGCUCCUCUCUGGCUUUCAUCUCCUCGAAGCCAUCGUGCGUCCACAUCCUCUCGAUCGGCGGCACCUCUUCCUGAGUCCCGUUCUCCUCGUCCUCCCUCUGUGGUUCUCGCGGCUGUCCAUAGAACCCACCUCUACCCCUGCCACGCAUACCAGGAGGAAAACCUCGUCCACGACCUUGCCACUUGCCACGCCACCAUCCACUCAAGGAGCGCAGAUCCUUGUCAAGUAGCCUCUCGUCGUGACUCCAGAACUCGCCAACGGUGGGCACAAAGGAGGGAUCCUUCUCCAAACGUUGCUGAUAGGCAAGCCGCGCGGAUUGUGUACCUCCUCGACGAGGGAACGUACCGCGACCUCGAGUCGACGUAGGCGAGCGGGAGGUAGAUGCGAUGGGUUGAUGUUCGUCCCUCUGAGCUUCCUCGAAUCCGUCAUGCUCGAGCGAUGGAACAUCCGGAGCUUCGGUAGAUCCGGGAGCAGGUGUAGGCCGGGGCUUCUGCUUGAUAUGCUUCGGCUUCUGCGAACCAGCAGCGGGUGUGGCAGCCUGCACCACGUCCUCGUUGAGGUCCGUAAAAUCGAUAACAGGAAGGUCGGCGACCCCAUUGACAUCUUCGUCAGCGACCAUGUCGGACCAGUUCUGAGCGUCUGCGACGAAAGGCCCGUGAGAGCCAUUCGUGGAUUCUGCAGCCUUUACCAAGGCGGGUGGCUUUGUCGGCUGGGCAUCGGGGCUUUGGGACGUGCUGGCGGUGAUAAUGCGUGAAGGCUCGUUUGACGGCACGUCUUCAGAGACGGGCUCGGUCUCGGAGUCCUCCGUCUCCGACUCAGACUCGGAUGGCACGAAAGAAUCGUCAUCGGAGGAAUCCGAGCCUGCCUCGCGUUCUAUCUCAUCGUCUGAGUGAAUGUCUUCGUCCACGCGCCCGCGGCGUCGGGGAAUGCGGGUCCGUUUCUUGGCCGCCGGCUUGGCAGACGCAACUGUCUUGCCUGAUGAUGAGGGCGCGGAGACUUGAGGUGCAGAGAGAGGGACGGCCAUCGCGGUAGGUAGAAAGGAGGUGAGGUGUGGUUCGCUACAAAGAAAAGAGACAUUAUGAAUCAGGGGUGUCGUCUAGUUGGCGUUGAACGCAAAC